AUUGUCAUAAUGGUAUCUAUGGUACUGGAUGCUUAAAACUAUGUUCAGAUAGAAAUUGUUUAGUAGAAACAUCACCAUGUAAUCAUAUCAAUGGUAGCUGUCAAGGUGGAUGUAAAGAAGAAUUUAGUGGAAUUGACUGUGUUAAAAGGCAGUACAGCAAUUUACAAUACAGUAAUGAUCAGAGUUUGAUUAUCAUUGGAACGAUUUUGGGUUUACUUAUUGGUUUAGUAGCUGGGGCACUGAUGGUUGUGUUUAUUAUGAAACGAAGGUCAAGAUCUAGGUCAAACCAGUCACAAAUAGUUAGCACUGACCAGUCAAGUAGCAAUAUACCACAACCAGAAACAACCACCAAUCAACCAGUUACUCAACUGUUCAGCAACAUCAGUAACAACCAAGAUAAUCCUUAUGGUCAACUUACCACUGCUUAUCAAAAUGAAAACGCUUAUGAACUUCUUGGGAAAGCUGAAGGAAAUGUUUCAACUAAAUAG